AUGGCCAACCUGAAUUUUGAGCAGCCUCCACGCAGUAUUGCGAACACAAGCCUUACUUCGCGCGCGGGUGGUGGGGGGGGCUUAAAUUCAUCGACCCUUGCGGGUCAUGUCACGCCCACAUCGGGCAUGUUCUCAGGCUCAUCUGCAAGUACCUCAAGCACAGCGAACUCUGUGGUAGUGGUUACCAACGUUUAUCCUAGUGCAUCAGGAUCAGGAGGCACGCAGACCAGUCAUCAAUCCCAACAACAACAGCUCUCUCCUAUGAGUAGCAGAGGGCUGUUUGGACAAAGGGCUUUCACAGAUAGACGUACAAUGCCUGCUCUUGGAACCUCAAAUCCAAUGGGUAGUAUGGGCAGUUUUGGUAUACCUCCAAGUCGCAACUACGGAUCUCAAGGUGCGAUUAAUAAUUUCCAUUCUGUGUUUGGAAGUGGUGGAGGUGGAGAUACAAGUACACCCCCUCUAUUAGAUCUUUCGGAAUUUCCAUCUUUGACAAAUAGAGGUCAGGGUGAUUCCAUGCCUCAACCUAGUCCCAUGCCUGGAAAACAACCUUAUGUUGGAAUGGUAAAGCAACCAACAUCAGAGUCGAGUGAAUUUACUAUGAGUUCAGAAGAUUUUCCUGCUUUACCAGGCACACAAAACAGAGAAGGUCCAUCACCAGGUGGAAGUGUUUCUGGAGAUAAAAGUAUAUCCGUUGGUCUAGGUCCAGAAAUUGGCCAGGAUGUAUUACAAGCAAACAGAGCACCUGGAUCUGAAAAAUCUCAGUCAUCUAAAAGAGGCAUUCAAACAUCCCCAGAUGGGAAGGUGACAAAUAUACCUGCAAGUAUGGUAAAAGAUCAAUUUGGAAUGGUUGGUCUCUUAACUUUUAUCAGAGCAGCAGAAACGGAUCCAAAUUUAGUAUCUUUGGCAUUAGGACAAGAUCUUACAGCAUUAGGAUUGAAUCUUAAUUCUCCUGAAAAUUUGUAUCAAAAUUUUGGUGGUCCUUGGGCAGAAACACCAUGUAGACCACAAGAUAUCGACUUUCACGUACCACCAGAAUAUCUUAUUAAUGCAGCAAUCAGGGAUAAGUUAGCACCAGUUAAACUAAAUCGAUACAAAGAUGAUCUACUAUUUUAUAUGUUUUAUACAAAUGUCGGGGAUGUCCUCCAACUGGCAGCUGCAGCAGAAUUGUACAGCAGGGAAUGGAGAUAUCACAUGGAGGAGAAAGUGUGGAUUACUCAAGCACCUGGAUUAGGACUUGUAGAAAAAACAUCGACAUACGAACGUGGUACUUACUAUUAUUUUGAUGCGCAAAACUGGAGGAAGGUAGCUAAGGAAUUCCAUCUGGAUUAUACAAAACUAGAAAGUAGACCUCAUCUUCCCACAAACUUUCAUCAAACCCAGCCUUGACUACAGAUCUGCCUGCAGACCUUUGUGCUGUCUUUAAGCUGGAAAGGAAUCAGCUAUUGUAUAAAUGAACAAAUUUAAUAAUCUUUAAUAAAAAUAUAAAAUUUGAAGAGUAA